AUGGCUGGAGAAACAAAAAUACAGAUGUUGAAAAGAAUAAUGGGUGUAUCAUUGAAGAAUGGCCUAAAUAAUGAGGAAAAAGUAUUGUCAGAGGACAUGAGAGCACUGGGCCUGAAACCAGGACUUGUCCAGAAUGGAGAAAAAUGCAAAAAAUGGAAUGCACUAGAAACCCCAGAGAAAUCUGACAAAAAUUUGGAACUGUCGCCACCACCACAACGCGAACAAGCAUCUUUUGAAAGGUUGGACAGCAACAUCAUGGAAACUCCUCUCAUUGAAAUAAAGUUACCUAAGACUCUAAAACAUUGGACGGGAGCAAAUACAUACUUCCAACUCCACAGAACGUCCUUACCAAAUGUAUCAGACAUCAACCAUUUUACCACCUCAUUCAAAUCACUGAUCUACAAUUAUUUUGCAUCCAACUACGGCACGAAGGACCUAAAGCAGUUAAAAUUACUUGGCCGCAACGACCACAGUUUUGACAUGAAAAUCAGUACAUUAAGCAAACAAAUAAGAACAAAACUGUUAUCAAUGAAAAAUGCAAAAACUGAAAAACAUGUCGACAUAACAAAACAACUGAAAGUCAAAUUCUGGUCAACAUGCAAAAAAUUGUUCAACCCAUCAAACAGCUUAACCCCAUCAUUCAGAAUCGACGACUGCAAGAAAUAUUUUUACAACAUACUCCACGACCCAUUUCACAACAAGUUUCGCCUUCCGAACUGGGUUCCAACAUUGCAGCAACCAACAAUUCCAUGCAACAUCAACCCCCCAACAUACCACGAAAUAGCAACAGUCAUUAGAAAAUGCAAACAUAGAACAUCCCCCUGUCUGCUUGAUCAAAUCUCAAUAAUUGUCUUCAAAAAAUGCCCUAUGCUGCGCACAAUCCCUCACCAAUUAAUAGUCAAAUGCUGGAAGUCUGCUACGAUUCCAUCCUCCAAUACCGGAAUAAAAUUACCCAAAUUAUCAACUCAGUGGUCUGAGGCCAACGCAUUCUUUCAGUUGGAAUUUAGAUAUCUGGACGUUAUCACAGAUAUCGACAGUUUCGCUAACAGCGGCUCAACUACAUCACAAUUCAAUAACAAUUUCUGGAAGUCAUGCAAAUCAUCAUUUUCUUCAUCUCCAAAUACACCUCCUCAAUUCAGUGUGGUCGACGCCAGCAACUUCUAUCGCAAAGGAUUGAUAGCGGAUAAUAAAACUUCUUUUGAAUUGCCGGAGUGGAUUCCUCCUCUACCGCCACCGUCAUUCGCUGGUGACACUGGACUACCAUUCUACAAUGAAGUUGCGUCAAUUGUUAAAAAAUGCAAGGCCAAAGCAACGCCCUGUCCGUUAGACCGAAUUUCAACAAUUGCGCUGAAGAGGGAUGUGCGGUUCAACAAUAUUCCCCUACCAGAUCAUCAGCGCAAGCUGUUGAUCAAUGCUAAUCAAGAUAUCGAGAUGGGAGGUGAACUGUUCUUCCCGAUCUUGUGGUUCUCCGGGGUGAUGGAAUGUGUUGUAGAAGGUGGUGUUGGCGCUGUGGUCGUUGGCAUGGGUGACGGUAUCGACGGUGCCGAAAAAGAUGUGAACUGGCUGCCUCUGUCUGUUGUAAUGGUUUCUGGGACUCCAUACUAG